AGACCGCGGGGGCCCUGUGAGCGGGGCGGCGGGAGCGGCGCUGACGAACGCUCCUAUUGCAAAAGCUGCUGUUGAAAAGAAACAAUUUUUUUUUUAUAAGAAGAGAAUGGAUGGAGAAGAGAAAACAUACGGUGGGUGUGAGGGCCCAGAUGCUAUGUAUGUGAAGUUAAUAUCCUCUGAUGGCCAUGAGUUCAUUGUAAAAAGAGAGCAUGCGUUAACAUCAGGAACAAUAAAAGCUAUGUUGAGUGGACCAGGACAGUUUGCAGAAAAUGAAACAAAUGAGGUGAAUUUUAGAGAGAUCCCAUCCCAUGUCCUAUCCAAAGUAUGCAUGUAUUUCACCUACAAGGUCCGCUAUACUAACAGCUCUACGGAGAUUCCUGAAUUCCCAAUUGCACCUGAAAUUGCACUGGAACUUCUGAUGGCUGCAAACUUCUUAGAUUGUUAAAUAAAAUAAAUUAUAAUAAAAAAUGUAAAACUUUUUUCAGUAUUUAAUACAUGUAGUUCAGUUAGUAACUUUUUUCAGAUAGCAUGUUGCGUGUGUGCUGUUGAGAACUGUAAAGUUCACUGCAGAGGCAAUUGCCUUCAGUCCUUUUGCAUAUAGCAAUCAUUCAGUUGAAGUUUGUUUUGCUGCUUACACAAAUAAGGACCUUUUCACAAACUGAGACAAAUAAACAAAUAUGCCAAUUAGUAGAUGGCUAUGCCUUAUCCUUUAGGUGUGGUAGAACUUUCUUUUAAUACAACGACCAUAGAAAAUACUGGAGUUUAGUCUAAUGCUCUCUAAAAGGUAAUUAUAGUUAAAUACAAGUAGCUGUUUAGGGUUUCUAACUUUCUCUUAUUGUUAAAGUUUCUAAACAUCUGAACUUAAUCUCCUUUGUAAGAUAGCUGUCCUUUAGCAUAUACUAACUAGAUUAGAAGUGCCCUCCCUAAGGUUUGUAUACUGACAGCAAUAUUCCAUUUAGAUUGAAAGUGGAGUAUGUAGGAGAAUGCUUAAGGCUUUUAAUUUAAAUCAUAGUAUAGACAUGUGUAAAGGUGUACUUGAUACAUUCUUCUUUUAUAACCUAAAUUUUCCCCGUUAGUAAUUACAAAUAUUCAAGUCACUUGUCUGUACAGUAAGACUGUGAUCCCAUUGACAGUGGCUUUUAAGGGGAAAAAUAACUGUUACAAUCUGUGUAUAUUAUCUUCUGUAUAACAUAUAAGGUUAUUCUUAAUGUACUGUCACUUGACCUGA